UGGGCCAACCAUAUCAAAUCUCUACCUUCUUACCGGCCUGCCUGCCUGCCCAUCGAUUUCGGCCUUCCCCCUCUUCACUGCUUUCCUCCGGCGUUUCCUCCCGCAGGUUGAUUCCGGCCGAAGAAAGGGAUUAGGUGGUGUUUCCUCUCUUCCAAAGGUGAGAAUUCGAUAGCAUGGAAGGGAUUAUUGUUCGGAGAGUGAUCCCUUCGGAUAACAGCUGUCUGUUCAAUGCUGUGGGGUAUGUUAUGGAACAUGACAGACACAAAGCUCCAUAUUUGAGACAGGUCAUAGCUGCAGUUGUGGGAAGUGAUCCAGGAAAAUACACUGAAGCCUUUUUGGGAAAGCCAAAUGAUGCAUAUUGUUCAUGGAUUCAAGAUCCUGAUAAAUGGGGUGGUGCUAUAGAAUUAUCCAUUCUCUCUGAGUUCUAUGGACGUGAAAUUGCAGCUUAUGAUAUCCAAACAACUCGGUGUGAUGUGUAUGGCCAGGGGAAGAACUACAGUGAAAGGGUGAUGCUGAUAUACGAUGGCCUACAUUAUGACGCAUUAGCUAUGUCUCCAUAUGAUGGGGCGCCCGAAGAGUUUGAUCAAACUGUUUUUUCUGUUAGAAGUGACCGUUCCAUUGGACCUGUGGAGAACUUUGCACUUAAUCUGGUUAAAGAUGCCCAAAAGAAGAGGAGUUACACAGACACUGCCCACUUUACCUUACGCUGUGGAGUAUGCCAAGCUGGUUUGGUUGGCCAAAAGGAAGCUGUUGAGCACGCUCAAGCUACGGGCCAUGUAAAUUUCCAAGAGUAUCGGUAGAACUUUGCAUAAAGGCAUUUGUAAACUAGAGUUGCUUUCAAAUUAUUCCUCCCCAUUGUUUUAUUAGAUGUCUUAGUAAAAUGUAUGCCAUUUGCGCUGGUCAAAAUCAAGAAGAUUGUAAGAUUAAUACAUUUACUGUAAUCUGUUUGAUAACUCAUUACUGUAUAUUUGUAACAAUUUUAUUGUGUAAUCAGAUGAAUUAUUUUCUGAAAAA